AUGUGGAAGAAUCGCCUUGAUUUCGCUUUCCUCAAUACAGAACGUCUCUCUCUCUCUUUCUCUCUCUCUCUAUCUAUCUAUCUAUCUAUCGAUCUAUCUAUCUAUCUAUCUUGCUCUAUUUACAUACCCUCUCUAUCGUAUAUGGAUCCCAGCGCAGGAAAAUACAUCUAUCUAUCUAUCUAUCUAUCUAUCUAUCUAUCUAUCUAUCUAUCUAUCUAUGAGUUAAAUAACAAAUGCAGAUCAAAUAUGGAAAGGAAUCUAUCUAUCUAUCUAUCUAUCUAUGAGUUAAAUAACAAAUGCAAAUCAAAUAUGGAAAUCUAUCUAUCUAUCUAUCUAUCUAUCUAUCUAUCUAUCUAUCAGUUAAAUAACAAAUGCAAAUCAAAUAUGGAAAUCUAUCUAUCUAUCUAUCUAUCUAUCUAUCUAUCUAUCUAUCAGUUAAAUAACAAAUGCAAAUCAAAUAUGGAAAGAAAUCUAUCUAUCUAUCUAUCUAUCUAUCUAUCUAUCUAUCUAUCUAUCUAUCAGUUAAAUAACAAAUGCAAAUCAAAUAUGGAAAGGAAUCUAUCUAUCUAUCUAUCUAUCUAUCUAUCUAUCUAUCUAUGA